AUGCCCAUCACCACGAUCCACAGUCAGUCCGAGUACCACGACCUUAUUCAAAGACACCGUUUCGUCAUCCUUUUUGCAACGGCAACAUGGUGCAGUCCUUGUCAAAGCAUCAAACCAUUCUUUGAGAAGCUUAUGAACAACUCGAGUUAUGACCCCGAGAGACUGGUUUUUGCCCAGUUCGAUACCGACGAAAUUCCAGCCCUUGAUGCCGAACUCGGAAUUCGCGCAAUUCCUGAGUUCUUCGUUAUGGAAAAUGCAGAGCGAGUUGAUAACAUUUCUGGGGCUAACCCUCCUGCUCUUAAGAAAUUAGUUGACUCUUGCAUUGAAAAGAUGAACCCAUCUUCGUCUGAUGACUUUUAA